AUGAGGGGUCCUUUAGGUGCUGUAAUUGGAAGCUAUACAUCAAGUGAUGGAGUUACUCAAAUGGGUGGAAUCAUUAAGCACAACAGAAAAUGCAGAGAUAUCAUUGCUCUUUUCAUCUUUAUUGCUUUUUGGAUUGCAAUGAUUGUUAACUCCAGUUUCGGUUUUAACCAAGGAAACCCACUUAGGCUUACUUAUGGGCUGGAUUACAAAGGCAAUGUGUGUGGAGACAAGCAUGCACAUCCCGGCCUUGGCGAAUUGGAACUCAGAUAUUGGCAAAAUCCUAACCAAGUUUAUCAGAGUGGAUUGAAGGAUGGCCAAUUCAAACUAGUGGAUGCUCGUAGUAUAUGCUUGUUAGAGUGCCCUAUACCUUCUGAUGAUUCCCUGAACUGGGUGUGUGAUUAUCCUGAAGGAGAUAUUCGUCUUUCGGUGGAGGAUUGGAUUAAUAGGAACUAUGAUUAUUUUGAGUUUCUUACACCAGAAAUGAGAAACUCCUCUCUUCAACUUCAAGGCCCGUGUUAUCCUGUUAUAUUUCCCAGUGUAAAUGUUUACUGGAGUUGCCAGUUUAUUGCCCGGGCAUCAAACACAUCGCUGAAGCAUUGGGAGCAGAUGGGUGGAGUUAGUAUUAAUGAAGACAUUGUUAUUGAUAAGUCAAUUCACAAGUUUAUAAAUUCUCGCUCAGCUGUCUUAAAGAGGUACAUGGCUGACAUAGGAAAGGCAUGGCCUGUGCUGAUCGUUUGUGGAGGGAUUUUACCUCUCUUUCUGUCUGUGAUUUGGCUCAUGAUGAUUCGACAUUUUGUGGCUGCAAUGCCGUGGAUAACAGUGGUUUUCUUUAAUGUUCUGAUAAUAUCGGCCACAAUGUUCUUCUACAUAAAAGCUGGAUGGAUUGGAAAUGAUGCUAUUUCUCCCAUCAUUGGUGAGCAUGACCCUUACAUCAAUGUAUUUGGGAGGGAGUUGACUCAUCUACGUGCUGUGACAGUACUUAUGACCGUUAUCAUGGCUAUUUCCAUUCUGACUUCAAUUGCUAUCGUACGACGCAUCCUUAUGGCAACAUCUGUUCUGAAGGUAGCUGCAAAAGUGAUAGGAGAAGUUCAAGCACUCAUAAUUUUUCCUCUCAUCCCGUUUGCUAUCCUUGCUGUGUUUUACAUGUUUUGGACCUCAGCUGCUCUCCAUUUAUUCAGCUCUGGCCAGAUUAUUCAGAACGACUGCAACUCUAAUUGCUGCACAUAUGAUCUUGUGGCAAAACGGGUGAACUGUGAUCGUUGUUGUGGAUAUAGCAUUCAUUACACACCACAUAUUGGAGUUUCCAUCCUUUUUCACCUAUUUGGGUGCUAUUGGGCUACCCAAUUUUUUGUAGCGUGCUCCUCAACAGUGGUUGCCGGGUCUGUUGCCUCCUAUUACUGGGUCCAUGGUGAAACAUCUCACGAAAUUCCGUUUCUUUCAGUCUUUUCCUCCAUGAAGAGGCUUCUGCGUUACAGUCUCGGAUCUGUGGCUUUGGGUUCUCUGAUUGUGUCAUUUGUAGAAUCAAUCCGGUUUCUGCUUGAAUCUCUUCGUCGGAAACUAAAAGUAUCUAGUCAUGUGCAUGACAGCUGGAUAGGCAAGGCUGCAUACAAAUCUUCUCAAUGUUUUCUUAGGUGUAUUGAGUGGACAAUCAAAUCAAUAAACCGAAAUGCUUACAUCAUGAUUGCUAUAACGGGCAAAAGUUUCUUUAGUGCGUCUUCUAUUGCAACAGAUUUGAUCAUGAAUAACAUUCUAAAGAUUGGGCGUCUUAAUGUGAUUGGAGAUGUAAUUUUGUUCCUCGGAAAACUGUGUGUCAGCCUGUCUAGUUCGGUGUUCGCAUUCCUCAUGUUAGACACACACAAGUACAGUUCUGGCCAUAACAAGACCUCAUCUCCACUCUUCCCUGUUGUGGUAUGCUGGGCUCUUGGAUAUACUGUUGCAACUCUAUUUUUUGCAGUGGUGGAGAUGUCAAUUGAUACCAUUGUUCUCUCAUUUUGCCAAGAUUCUGAAGAACACCAAGGGACAGCACAGUAUGCUCCACCUCUUCUCAUUGAAACUCUUGCUAACCAAAGUGAGAUGCAUAGACUCACCCAAGGAUCACAAUGA